AUGUCUAUGAUUUUUGCUCAUCCCCCCCAUCCGUCGGAGCUGCAGAGGAAGAAAAACUCUUACACUUUCGCCAUUCCCCUUUUAAGCUCUUCAUCGUCUAGUCCUGUCCGGGAUCCUCAUGACACUCCCACAUUCGAUUCUAAAAGUCUCAUAGAACCAAAGACCCCAAUUCUCUAUCUUCCUCCAUUGUUGUCAUCCCUUCCUCCCAAUUUUCCGCGUUCUGCACUACCGCACGAGCACCCUCCGCUCGUAACGGAAACCCGUCUACCAGAUAUAGACCCUGCUUCCUUGUCUCUUCACAAAGCCCUUCACCUUUUCCGGCCGCUCGACUCGCUUUACUCCGAAACACCGUAUGCACAGGCGUUUAACUGGCACGAACUGUCCCUCCCCGUAGAUGAGGAGAGAGAAUGGUAUUGCGUCGUGUUCCGGAGUAAAAGGAAGGCAGGCAGUGAUGGCGGCUCUUUGUACGAAGCGGAUAAGAAGGCCCAUGAAGAAGCUGUAGGAAACGGUGGUCUCAUACUCUACUGGUACGGUAUUCCAAAUCAGCAAACGGGCAUGAACCUAGCAACUUGUAUAUGGCAAAGCCGAAAACAUGCCAUUGCAGGUGCAGCAAAUUUUCCGAUUUUGCUACAUGAUCUAAUGCAUACUUUCGCAGCAAAUUCUCGGCCCCACCAUAUCCGUGCCAUGAUGCUUGCCAAAGACUCUUACGAAGUGUACGACCUCGAAAGAUAUGUCCUUCGAAAGGUUGCGGGAGUCACAGGAGUCACCGUACAGCCCUUCGUAGCUGGCGAAGUCGGAUGGUAA